GAGUCAGAAUCAUCGGGUUGUGACAGUACACGAUCUGCGGUAUAUUUAGAGUAUCCGUAAUACACCCAUUGGGUUUUAGCGAUACAGCAAACAUCAUACAUAGCCCAUUCGUCAGCUCUUUCAGUUGAUAUAUAAGUCGAUCCACCCAAAGGGAAUUCAUUUGUCAAUCAUGAGUCUGCUGAAGAAACUUUUUGGUGGUGGGAAACAGGGGAAAGCCCCAACACCUCAAGAAGGAAUACAGAGGCUUCGAGAGGUAGAGGAAAUGUUGAUGAAAAAGUCGGACUUUUUAGAAAAGAAAAUCGACGUUGAGAUUGCGACAGCGAAGAAAAAUGGUAUAAAGAACAAAAGACUGGCAAUCCAGGCUCUGAAGAGAAAGAAAAAUUGUGAAAAGCAGCUGAAUCAGAUUGAUGGUACCCUAUCCACUAUUGAGUUCCAACGGCAAGCUUUGGAGAAUGCAAGUACAAAUACAGAAGUACUCAAAGUUAUGGGAGUUGCAGCCCGUGCCCUGAAGGAGGCUUACAAUAAUAUGGACAUUGAUAAAGUAAACGAGAUCAUGGACGAAAUUGCGGAGCAACAAGAACAGGCAAACGAAAUUACUGAAGUUAUUGCUAAUCCUGCUGGUUUUGGCAUGGAUAUUUAUAGUGAGGAUGAUUUACUGGCAGAACUAGAGGAAAUGGAACAGGAGGAUCUUGACCAGACGCUGAUGUUUGUGGGACCUACUGAAGACCUACCCAGCGUGCCCAGCGCCGAGCCCACUGAACCACGCCCUGCUGCAAAACCGCGACCCACAAAGAAUGAUGACGACUUGAGAGAGCUGGAGAUGUGGGCUUCCUAAACAACAGCCGCUCCACACUUCGUUUGACCAAGUCUGUAGUGUGAUUCCAGUCUGUUGUGUAGUUCAUAGCUAUCACUGGCAUUGACAGAGGACUUUCUUGCCGAUCCGUGGUUUGUGCUGAUUUCAUAUUCAUGUAAUUGUGCUUUUUAUGGAAUAGUAAACGAUGUUCCUGGUUGUGACUUUUCCUUAAAAAACGUCCUAAGGUAAAGAGUGAAAGUCCUUUGAAAUUACUCUAAAGUCAGUGGUUGCUCUGGAAGGUAAAAGUGUAGGCUUACAAAACGUCAUAUUUUUCUUUUCUAAGUUGCUGAACCAGUGACACUAUAAAAUCAGUGAAUAAUCACAGAAGUACAAGCGUGAUUAGUUUUGUUUGUUACUUCUAUUUUUUGAUACACUGAUCAUUGCAUACCUAGACUAAAAGUUGGUUGUUGUUUUUUAACGUAUACGCAUGUACGGUAACAAACAUGAACAAAAAAUGUUGUUUUUCAUGCCACAUUCUGCAGCAGUGUUUUAAUCCAAUUACUGCAACAACAACAAAAAGUCAAACAUUUUCGAGCUUGUUUGUUAGUUUGUUUGGGUUUGUUUUUCUUUUCAUGAUAGAUUUAGGUAUACAUGUAUAUUUGAAUGAAUGCACAUGUUAAUAAUGCGGGCUAUUACUUGUUCACCUUGAAAUGAAUGGCAGUGGAAGCAGCCUUUCUGUCUUUUCUUAGUACUAUAAUGAGUAGUGUUCAGUGCACGUGUUAACAUCGUUACCAAGAGGCCAGUAAGGAUAAGUACAGUGAAGGUAUCUGACUGGAAAAAGUAAAUGUAAAAUGGUAGGCCUACUUGUAAGAGCUUGACAAACUAAGAAAUUUAUAAGAAUUGAAUCAAAUCAACAUCUUUCUACUUCCUUUGAUUGUGCUUAACGUCAUGUAAGAAAUGAGAAAAUAGGUUUUGUUCGGGUUGAGGAAUGAUUCAUCCUACAUUUAAAAGUUAAUGGUGAAAUGCAGCUCAUUGAAUAAUACUCCUGUUGGGCAUGAAUACUAAGUUUCUUAUGAAACAGACGUGUACAUUUGAGAUGUUCUGGUAAGCUUUUUGCUUUUCUUGUGAUGCAAAUUGUUUCUGUUUUGUCUCGACUGUUGAGUCAUCUUCAAAUACAUUGUCUUUGCCUUAAUUCGCCAUGUAUAUAUUUUUUAUAUGCAUACAUCAUGAAACUGUAAGAUAAUGCACAUAUUAUGUCGCUUAAUACGUACGAAUGUUGUCUUGUUUCUCCAAACAUGUUCAAUCAAGGUAAUAAAGAAACUGCGUUAAAGGGGCCUACAAUUUCACCUCUAUUUUUGUGUAUGUGCGAAGCAGUUUUUGUACCGUAUGGUAGAAGUAUAGAGCAUAUGAAUCUCCCAUAAGAUUUAAAGCUGCGUUAAUGCGCCGUUUGUUUGUGAAUCUCAUUUGUGAGGGCAGACAGAGAACAUGACAAAUAAAAUGGGGGCUCUAAAAAAAAAA